GCUUUGAGAAAAAACGUGGAAAAGAUUUUACAUCUUAAUUAUAUGAGUGUGAACAAUUUUUCUUCUUUAGUGUUGAACGAAGAUGAUAAAAGAUUUUUCAACAAUUAGUUGGUUUUAGGCAAGGCUCCUGGCACGCAGUCCUUCAUUGUUUGAAGUUUGAUGGCCAGAGGUCCCUUUGAUAGUUGAUAGUUAGUUUUGCAUUUAAUCCUAAAGAUGGAUUUAUUGCCUAAAGAUCACAAAGAAUUUAGCACAAAAGAAUACUGGCAAGAUUUUUUUAUAAAGCAAAAAUCUCAGCAUUUUGAAUGGUAUGGAGAUUACAACAGUCUCAAUGAAGUCCUUGAUCGAUACAUCAAAAUUAAAGACCGAAUCUUAAUAAUAGGUUGUGGUAAUUCCAAACUGUCUGUUGAUCUGUAUGAUGUUGGAUUAAGCAACUCCGUUAGCAUUGACUCCAACCCUCUCGUUAUUAAGCAAAUGAAGGAAAACUAUUGCAAAGAUCGACCUAACCUUGUCUUUGAACAUAUGGAUGUGUUUGAGCUAUCAUAUGAUAACGACAGUUUUGCAGUUGUACUCGAUAAAGGUACAUUGGAUGCUCUUUUUGUAGAUGAAUCUUCUGACAAUGUGGGUAAAAUAGAAAAGAUGUUUUCUCAAAUUGAAAGAGUGUUACGUUAUGGUGGCAGAUACAUAUGCAUAUCACUGUUGCAAGAGCAUAUAUUAAACAAAGCUUUAGACUGGUUUUUGGAUAAGGGCUGGCUUGUGCGCAUUCAUAGAUGUAUGAAAGCAGAAACCAGGCAUGAUGAUUCAAUCACAUUUCCAGUAUUUCUUCUUAUUCUUACCAAAAUGAAGCAGAUUGCGAAUUCUUCUAUGAUAUUAGAAAUUAUUUAUGAUGGACAGAAUGCUCCCCAGAGAUGUUCAUCAAAACAAGAAGCAAUUGAUUAUGUCAAAUCUGCACAACACUAUUCUUUUCUUAAAUAUUACCUCCACAAGAAGAAAGUAAUUGGAGAAGAUAUUUGUUUGGAACUUUACUGCUCCCAAAGUGGCCAAGUCAAGUAUAGAAUGUUUGUUGUUGAUAGUAAAGAUGCUUCAUUUUCAAAAUUUGCCAUAUUUAUUGUACCACAAGGAAGAGAAACUGAUUGGCUAUUUUCCACACCAGAAGGUAGAAGAGAAUUGGCGAUGAAUGCAAAAUUUGAGCGUUUAAUUGUUGUACAUCUGUUGCAAAAUAAUGUAUAUACUGAUUUAGAUGAAGUGAAAAAAGAAAUAUCAGCUAAAAUUUUAGAACUUGCUCCUUCAGAACUAAAAUCUCAGGUACCGAUUUUGUCACUUGGAGAAGAUAUUGGCAAGAGAGAAAUAAAAUGUUCCUCAAAAAGUAAAACGAGUGGUGAUUAUGUUGUAGAAGAUGUAACGUUAGACAAUAAUAGCAUUUUUAGAAGAUUGAUUUUUCUCAAUAAUCCUUACUUAAUUCAAUCUGAAGUUAAACUAACAAAAGUUCAGAAGAAGAAAGGUGGAUGCAAAAUGGAUAUUGACUUUGAUUAUUUGGCUUGUGAUCAUCACGUGACAAUGAUAUAUGGAUUAGCUUUUCUGCAAUCAAAAAUGCUGAGUCCUAAAAUACUCCAAAUUGGAUUAGGAGGAGGAACUUUAGCAAUGUAUCUGUAUAAACAUUUUCCUGAGGCAGUAAUUGAAGCUGUUGAGUUGGAUUCAGAAAUAGUAAAUGUUGCAAAGAAAUGGUUUCAACUUGGUACUGAUGAUAGAUUGAAAGUUUAUGUCAAGGAUGGUAUAGAAUUUUUUAAAGAAGUGGUACAGAAAGGACAAAAAUAUGAUACUGUGAUAUUAGAUGUAGACAGCAAAGAUCCUUCACUUGGAAUCAACAGUCCACCAGUUGAGUUUCUUGAAGAACCUGUAUUGGAUUUAUUGACUCAAGUUGUUUCUGAUUCAGGUGUAGUCAUUUUGAACCUUGCAUGCCGAAACUUGGAACUACGGAAAGACACGCUUGCCAAACUAAAAUCCGUAUUUCAGUAUAUUUUUUCAAGGAAAAUUCCCAAUGAAGUUAAUGAAGUUCUUUUUUGUUUAAAAGAUGGAAUUCCUGAAGACAUUUUGAAAAAGGCAAAGGACCAGUUUGAGAAUCUAGUUUCAUUUCUUGAAAAAGGAUCAAAGCAUAAUGAUGUUUUUGAUACUACAGAUAUUAUGUCUAGUUUGAAUGAAAUCACAUAAGCCUUGAUUUAUUCGUAGUUUAUAAUGUUUGCAUUUUGAAACUGUAACAUUGAGCGUUAAAAAAUAAACUUA